AUGAAGAUGCAUAAAUGUUUCUUGUGUAAUUAUUUUGUCAAAUUUGUAAAAAGAAAGAAACGUAAAAAAGGAAGUAAACUGCGUUUUAUAAAAUGUAAAGAUAUAGAAAGCAAGAAAUAUAUUGUUAGAAGGUUUGAUAAAAGAAGGAAUGAAGAUAACAAGAAGAUAUGUGUUUUAAAAAACAUGUUAAUUACAAGUAAUGAAUUUAGUGUAUUAAAAAAUGAGAAUGAAAUUUUAUUGUUAUCAUCUAAUGAAUGUUAUAAAAAAGAAGAAUAUAAUAAUAUGAUAAAUCUAAAUAAUAAUAAUAAUAAUAAUAAUAUUAAUAAUAAUAAUAAUAAUAAUAAUAAUAAUAAUAAUAAUAAUAAUAUUAAUAAUAAUAAUAAUAAUAAUAAUGUGUAUCCUUCCAAUAUGGAUAAUAUUUCAAAGAAGCGUUUCUCAGAGAAUAUAUAUAUGAACAAACAUAUAAUUAAUAGUAGUAUUAUAAAUUGUGAAAAUGUAAAUUAUGAUAUAAAAGAAAAGUCCAAUAUUAAUAAAGAAGAUUGUGAUGCAUUAUAUGUUUCAGCUGAUGUUCGUAAUAUAAAUAAUGAUUUGUGUGACAUACCAAAAAAUGUAAUUAAUGAAUAUAAGAUGAAGACCAAUUAUCUAAUAGAUAAAUAUUUUUGUAGAAUAUUAACGUUUUGUAAAAUUAAAAAAAUUAAACAAGACCUUAUAAAACUCCUACACUUUAUGUAUUUAUAUAUAUCAAUAAAAAAUAAGAAUUGUAAGAAUAAUGUUCAUGUAAAUAAUUUAUUUAAAAAAUAUUUAAAGUUAUAUAUUAAAAAGAAUAUUAAAGGAAACGAAAAAAAAAAAAAAAAAAAAAAAAAGGAUGGUGUGAUAGAUUGUAUAAAAGAUAUAUAUAAUAUAUGUAAUAAAUAUGAUAUAUAUAAUAAAUAUAAUAUAUAUAAUAAAUAUAAUAUAUAUAAUAAAUAUAAUAAAUAUAAUAUAUAUAAUAAAUAUAAUAUAUAUAAUAAAUAUAAUAUAUAUAAUAAAUAUAAUAUAUAUAAUAAAUAUAAUUUAUAUAAUAAAUAUAAUAUAUAUAAUAAAUAUAAUAUAUAUAACAAAUAUAAUAUAUAUAAUAAAUAUAAUAUAUAUAAUAAAUAUAAUUUAUAUAAUUCAUAUAAUUUGUGUUAUUUAAAAAUUAACCAUGUUAAUAGUAAUAAUAAUAAUGAUGAUGAUAAUAAUGCUCAUCCUUUAAAAAAAAGAAAAAUCCUCUUGAAUAAUAUCUAUGUCCUUAAGAAAUUUUUACUUUUGUACAAAUCAUAUAAAAUAAUUAACAUCUUGAAUAAAUUAUACUUUUUGUGUUUUACAAAUUUUUGUUUUAAUAUAAAUAGGAAAGAUUAUUUUUAUAAGAAUAUACUUUAUCAGAUGAAAAAGAGAAAAUGUGAAUAUAUACACAGACAGAUUGUCGAGAUAUAUAUACGUAUUAUUAACAUACUUAAGAUGAAAAGAGUUGGAAAGAGAUAUGUGAGAAAAACGAAUUUGUUCACUAUAAAUUAUAGUAAUAUAACUAAUCAAAUGAGAUAUGAAAUAUUGAGAACUAAAUAUAUAAAUGUAGUUAUAUGUUUAUGUAGAAUAUUUUUUAAAUAUGUUGAGAAUAUUUUAUUAUGUAAGAAAAAUCUGUUAAAAAGAUAUUUGUAUUCUUAUAACAAAUUGAAAGAGCAAUAUUAUCCUUAUAAUAAUAUUAAAAAGGAUAUGGUUAUGGAAAAAAGACUAAUAAAAAAUAUAUGUAGUGAUUAUUUUAAUUAUAUAAAAAAGAAAAGAAAUGGUCUUUUUAAUAGGAGCACAGGAAGAUAUAAUUUUAAAAAUAAAACACACAACAAGAAUGAAGCGUAUGUCAUAAAUAUUAGUGAUUUAAAAAAUGAAGAAUCUGAAUUUCGUCAUAUCAUUAAUUUGGAUAAUUUUUAUAAAAAUAAGAAGAAUGAAAAUAUAUUUAUGUCAGUUCCCAGACAGAAUAGAAAUAAUAAAAAGGAAGAAAUAGAAAAAAAAAAAAAAAAAAAUACAUAUAAGAGAAAGUAUAAGGGUAUUAAAUAUUUAUACUGUAGACUUAAAAAUAAUCCGGAUAUAAUUAAGAUAGGAAGGGCGAAUAAGAUAAAGAGACUACCUAAGUAUAAGAUAAAGAAAAAAAUAAAAAGAAUACAUUGUCAUAAUAAUUUUUCAGAGUAUUUAUAUAAAGGCAUAGAAGGAAAUAUAGGUCAAUAUAAAAAUGAGUAUUUUACUACUAUGAAUAGAACUUAUUUAAUGAAAAGGAAAUUAAAGGAACACCGAGUGAGAAUAAGAAAGAAAUAUAUAGAGGAUAUUGAACCGAAUGUUAAAAAAAAAAAAGCACCAUUAUAUGAAAAUAUAAAUGAAAAUUUAUGUGUAGAUAGGAAUAAAAAUUUAUGUGUAGAUAGGAAUAAAAAUUUUUGUGUAGAUAGGAAUAAAAAUUUAUGUGCACAUAUAAAUAAUACGAAUAAUCAUGUAACCAAUCUUGGUUUGAUUAAAAAAGUUGAGGGAGAUGAAAAAAAAGGGAAAGGGGAGUUCUUUACAGAUAUAACAUGUGCCGAAAGGUGUGAUGUGAUAUCAAGAUAUAAAGAGGAUAAUAAAAAUAAGGAUAUAAUAAGAAUAAAUACAACUCAUUUGAAUAUUAAUGUAAAAAGGGAUUGUAUUAUAAAUAGCAAGACCGAAAUAAUGUUUAGGGUACAUUGUGAGAAAUAUACAAAAAAAAAAAGGAGUAGCAAUAAUAUGAUGAAAGAUAUUAAUAUAAAGAAUGAUUUAACUAAUAUUAUAUAUGUAGAUGAUAAAGACAAAAUAGGACAUGAUGAAGAUCAGGUAUGUAAAAUGAAUGAAGAUUUUAAGGAAAAGCAUAAAAUAAUGAAGGAUUUUCUGAAAUUGGUGGAUUUUUCAAAAGAUAAUAAUGAAUAUAAGGAUGUUCAUUAUGAUGAAGAUAAUAAUGGUAAUUAUAAUGAAUAUAAGGAUGUUCAUUAUGAUGAAGAUAAUAAUGGUAAUUAUAAUGAAGAUAAGAAUGGUAAUUAUAAUGAAUAUAAGAAUGUACAUUAUAAUCACUUAUUAAGGAGAGAAAAACAAUUCAUAGAAUAUUUAAAAAACUGUGAUGAUAUUAAAAAUAAUUACGAUAUGAUUACAUUAAUAAAAGACAAUACAUUUAAUUUUGUUUACAAAUGUUAUGAUAAAAAGAGGAAUAGAUAUGUUGCUAUAAAAUGUGUAAAUAAAGAAAAGCAAUUAUCUAUUAUGAGUUAUAGUACUUAUGUUAAUAUAUAUAAAAUUAUACAAAGGAUUAAUAAUGAGAAUGUAGUAAAAAUAUAUGAUUUAUUAGAAAAUAAAUUACAUUUUUUUAUUGUUAUGGAGUUAUGUGAAGGUAUUGAUUUAGUAGAUUAUGUGUCUAAGGAAAAUAUUUCUUUUGAGAAAACUAAGAGUAUUAUAUGUCAGCUAUUGAAUGGAAUAUAUGCUUUACAUUCUAAUUAUGUUAUUCACCGUGAUAUCAAAUUAGAUAACUUAAUGUUUAAGGAUAAGAAUUUAGAAACAUUAGUAAUCGUAGAUUUUGACAUGAGUGUGUAUAUGUAUAACGAUUCUGAAACGAGUACAAGAUAUCAUACAUGUGGAACGCAAAAUAUGAAUACAAUAUAUCCAAUCUGUGGCACAGAUAAUAUGAAUGAAUUAUAUGAACUUAAUGACAUUCGAGAUAAGCAUAUGAACCUGUUAAGAAGUUUGACGAAAGAGCAAUUUUAUGAGGAAAAAUUUAUAAAUAUGAACACAGUACAAAUAAAAGGACUGAAUGAUAACAUUAGAGAUGAGAAUGAUUAUUAUAUAAUGAAUAAGCAUCAUCAUCAUCAUCACCAUCACCAUCACCAUCACCAUCAUCAUAAUAAUAAUAAUAACAAUGUUGUGUGUGAAAAAUUGGGGGGACAAAAUUACCAUGCUAUGAUGGGUAAGAAAUAUGAACUUUCUGAAUAUCCAAAAGACACAAAUUUUGAAAAGGAUAAUUUAAUUAUAAAUAAUAUAUAUUCAAAUAAGACAUAUAAAAACAAAAAUGAUAAAAAUAAUGUGAUGAAGAUGAUACCCUUUUCUGAAAAUUAUAUGAAAGGAAAUAAGAAUAAUAAGAAAACAACGUCACUGAAUUAUAAGUAUAUAAAUUCUAUAGGUAGAAAUUUAUGUGCUUGUACAGGAAAUACAGAAAAGACUUUUAUUAAUGAUGGAGAAAAAGUUAUAUAUAAUGAUUUAAUAAUAGGAACUAAAGAAUAUAUGUCACCAUAUUGUUUAAAAGGUAUAUAUAGUAUAAGAACAGAUAUCUAUAGUAUAGGAGUAACUAUAUAUUUAAUACUUUUUAAAAAUUUCCCAUAUUUAUUUGAUGAAAUUAGUAUAAGAAAAUGGGAACAUUUUGUUAUUACCAAAAAUAAAAAUAUUCUUAUUCCAUUCUCCUUCUUAUUUCAUAAUAUUAAUUGUUCUUAUUUUAUUAAAUUAAUGGAUAUAUACUUAAUAAAUAAUAAUAUAUACUUUAGUAAAAAUAGUUAUUUAUUAGAUAACAAAUUCAACGAAUUAGAAAAAAUAGAAAACAUCAAAUUUGAUUUUAAGCAAUUCAAAAUUAAUGUUAACAAUAUUUAUUUGAUACAAAUAUUGAAGAAAUCUUUAUCUCUCGAAAUAAAUGAGCAGUACACUAAUGUUUCGGAAAUUCUGGAGAAUAAAUUUUUUACAUAA